GCCGCAGUGCCGCGGGCCUCCGCUGGGACCCCCGCCCCUCCCCUGCUCGGCUCCUCAGAGCGUCCCGGGGGCUGCAGCCCGGAGCGGGACCCGGGUGGGCUCGCCGGGGCGGCGGGGCUGGAGGGCGCGGGCACCGGCAGAACUCGGCAGGCCUCGCGGGGCUCCACGGCCCGCAGAGUCCCGGGAGAGGCGGAACCCGGCGCCGGCCCAGAUUUGUUAAAAUGAAACACUGAAGAGGCCUGUGAAAAACAAGAGGAAGAGAAAAAAGAACAUUGCAUAUUAAAAGAAGAGGCCUUUAGAUGCUGUUAUGGAAAACCUUCAGUAAUGGAGCAAAGGAAGAAUGACAGUAUUGUCCCCAGUAUCACUCAAUUGGAAGACUUUCUAACAGAACACAAUUCCAAUGUUGUUUGGCUCCUUGUUGCUACUAUUUUGUCCUGUGGAUGGAUUAUUUAUCUCACAUACUAUAAUUCAAGGAAUGUUGGUCUUAUUUUAACAUUGGUUCUUAACAGAUUAUACAAGCAUGGCUAUAUCCAUAUUGGUUCCUUCUCUUUCUCUGUUCUUUCUGGAAAAGUCAUGGUUCGUGAAAUCUAUUACAUUACAGAGGACAUGUCUAUCAGAAUUCAGGAUGGAUUUAUCAUUUUUCGGUGGUGGAAGAUGUACAACCCAAAGCAGAAGCAACAUGAUCCAAAGGCAGAAACAAGGUUAUAUAUCACAGUUAAUGACUUCGAAUUUCAUGUCUAUAAUCGUUCGGAUCUUUAUGGACGUCUUCAAGAGUUGUUUGGUUUGGAGCCAACAAUCAUUCCACCCAAGAAAGAUGAUGAUAAGAGCCGAAAUGGAAGAACAAGAACCCAGUCGAAAAUUGAAAGAGUUAAAGUGAAAACAGAAUCUCAAGACCCCACAUCUUCCUGGAGAUCACUUAUUCCAGUAAUAAAGGUCAAUGUUAGCACUGGACGAUUGGCCUUUGGGAAUCAUUACCAACCUCAGACUCUGUGCAUUAAUUUUGAUGAUGCUUUCUUAACUUAUACUACAAAACCACCUUCAAGUCAUCUUGACCAAUUCAUGCAUAUUGUGAAAGGAAAACUUGAAAAUGUUCGAGUUAUGCUUGUUCCUAGUCCAAGAUAUGUUGGUCUUCAAAAUGAUGAACCACCUAGACUGAUGGGGGAGGGCUUUGUGGUGAUGCAGUCAAAUGACGUUGACAUCUACUACUACAUGGAUGAGCCAGGACUUGUUCCAGAAGAAACUGAAGAAAAUAUUGAAGGAGAAAUAAGCAGUGAAGACUGCAAAUUACAAGAUUUACCACCCUGUUGGGGACUGGAUAUUGUUUGUGGGAAAGGAACAGAUUUUAAUUAUGGACCAUGGGCUGACAGGCAGAGAGAUUGUUUAUGGAAGUUUUUCUUUCCACCCGAUUAUCAAGUUCUGAAAGUUUCUGAAAUUGCACAGCCUGGAAGACCAAGACAGAUCCUUGCUUUUGAACUACGAAUGAAUAUUAUAGCAGAUGCUACCAUUGACUUACUAUUUACUAAAAACAGGGAAACAAAUGCUGUACAUGUGAAUGUAGGAGCUGGCUCAUAUUUAGAAAUUAAUAUUCCAAUGACAGUUGAAGAAAAUGGUUAUACCCCUGCAAUUAAAGGACAGCUAUUACAUGUUGAUGCCACUACCAGCAUGCAAUACCGGACCCUUCUGGAAGCAGAAAUGGUGGCAUUCCACAUCAACGCCAGCUACCCCCGACUUUGGAACAUGCCCCAGACAUGGCGGUGUGAGCUAGAGGUUUACAAAGCCACCUACCACUUCAUUUUUGCACAGAAGAACUUCUUUACAGAUUUAAUUCAAGACUGGUCUAGUGAUAGUGCUCCAGACAUCUUUUCAUUUGUUCCAUACACAUGGAAUUUUAAGGUCAUGUUUCAUCAAUUUGAAAUGAUUUGGGCUGCUAAUCAGCACAAUUGGAUUGACUGUUCUACUAAACAACAGGAAAAUGUGUACCUGGCAGCCUGUGGAGAAACAUUAAACAUUGAUUUUUCUUUGCCAUUUACGGAUUUUGUUCCAGCUACAUGUAAUACUAAAUUCUCCUUAAAAGGAGAAGAUGUUGAUCUUCAUUUGUUUCUGCCAGAUUGCCACCCUAGUAAAUAUUCAUUAUUUAUGCUGGUAAAGAAUUGCCACCCAAAUAAGACGAUUCAUGAUGCUGGCAUUCCUGGUGAGUGCCAGAGUGGUCAGAAAACAGUUAAACCAAAAUGGCGCAACGUUACUCAGGAAAAGGCUGGCUGGGUUGAAUGCUGGACUGUCCCAAGUGUCCUGCUUACAAUUGAUUACACAUGGCAUCCAAUUUAUCCACAAAAGGCAGAUGAACAGCUAAAGCAAUCAUUGUCUGAAAUGGAAGAAACAAUGUUGUCUGUCCUAAGGCCAGGACAGAAAACAUCAGACAGAAUUGUUUCUUCCCCCUUGACCUCUUCACGCCCUCCUGUGGAUCCUUCAGAACUGCCACCAGAUAAACUACAUGUCGAAAUGGAACUUUCCCCAGAUUCUCAGAUAACUCUCUAUGGACCUCUGCUAAAUGCCUUUCUCUGUAUAAAGGAGAACUACUUUGGGGAAGAUGACAUGUACAUGGACUUUGAGGAGGUUGUUUCCAGCCCCGUGCUCUCCCUGUCAACCUCCUCCAGCUCUGGGUGGACUGCUGUUGGGAUGGAAAAUGACAAGAAGGAAAAUGAAAGUUCAGCCAAGUCAAUUCAUCCUCUCACUUUGCGUCCUUGGGAUAUCACCGUCCUUGUUAAUUUGUACAAAGUUCAUGGGCGUCUUCCUGUUCAUGGAACUGCUGAUGGUCCUGAGUGCCCCACAGCCUUCUUGGAAAGGCUGUGUUUUGAGAUGAAAAAGGGGUUCAGAGAGACUAUGCUGCAGCUUGUCCUGUCACCCCUGAAUGUGUUUGUCAGUGAUAACUAUCAGCAGCGCCCCCCUGUGGAUGAAGUACUCAGGGAAGGUCACAUCACCUUGUCGGGGCUGCAGCUGAGAGCACAUGCUAUGUUUUCAGCAGAAGGUCUUCCUUUGGGAAGUGAUUCCUUAGAAUAUGCAUGGCUAAUUGAUGUGCAGGCUGGCAGCCUUACAGCUAAGAUCACAGCACCACAGCUGGCAUGUCUUUUAGAGUGGGGGCAGACAUUUGCUUCUCAUGUGGUAUGUCGCGAGUAUGAACUGGAAAGACCAAAGUCGGUAAUAAUGUGUCAGCAUGGCAUUGAUCGCCGAUUCUGUGAAUCCAAGUUGAGCUGUAUUCCUGGGCCUUGUCCAACUUCAGAUGAUUUGAAAUAUACGAUGACUCGUUUAGCAGUGGAUGGAGCUGAUGUUUACAUUGUGGAGCAUGGUUGUGCUACAAAUAUAAAGAUGGGUGCAGUUCGGAUUGCAAACUGUAAUCUCCACAAUCAGACCGUUGGGGAAGGAAUAAGCGCUGCCAUUCAGGACUUCCAAGUGAGACAGUUCAUUGAACAAUUAAAUAGCUCCCGAGUGGGACUCCAGCCGGCCGUGCUGCGGAGGGCAUACUGGCUCGAAGCGGGGUCAGCCAACUUAGGACUUGUGACUGUUGAUAUUGCGCUAGCUGCUGCCCAUCACUCUACACAUGAAGCCCAGAGACACUUCCUGGAAACCCACGAUUCCAGGACUAAGAGGUUGUGGUUUUUGUGGCCAGAUGACACCCUGAAGAAUAAGAGAUGCAGAAACAAAUGUGGUUGUCUGGGCGGCUGUAGGUUCUUUGGUGGCACAGUAACUGGCCUAGAUUUCUUCAAACUUGAAGAGUUGACACCUUCUAGUAGCUCGGCAUUUUCAAGCACAAGUGCAGAGUCUGAUAUGUAUUAUGGACAGUCUUUGCUACAGCCUGGAGAGUGGAUUAUUACUAAAGAAAUCCCCAAAGUAGUAGAUGGUAGUAUGAGUGGCAUGAAAAGGAAAGAGUGGGAAAACAAGUCAGCAGGAAUGGAAGGAGAGAGGAAAACCCAGCACCUUAGCCUCCAAGUUCCAUUGCGAUCUCAUAGUUCCUCCUCCUCCUCAGAGGAGAAUAGUAGCUCCAGUGCUGUACAGCCUUUGUUGGCUGGGGAAAAGGAAAGCCCCUCUUCUGUUGCCGAUGACCAUUUGGUUCAAAAGGAAUUCUUGCAUGGUACCAAAAGGGAUGAUGGCCAAAUAAGUAUUCCUGCGGAAGUUUCAGCAAGCAGCCCCGUGUCUCCUAAUGCUCAGGAUCAAUCAGUGGGCCAGUCUCCUCUUAGAUCUCCCUUGAAGCGCCAAGCCUCUGUGUGUUCCACCCGACUGGGAAGCACAAAGAGUCUUACGGCUGCAUUUUAUGGGGACAAACAGCCCGUUACCGUUGGAGUCCAGUUUAGUAGUGAUGUCUCUCGUAGUGAUGAGAAUGUACUAGACUCACCAAAACAGAGGAGAAGUUUUGGUUCAUUUCCAUACACACCAUCAGCAGACUCCAAUUCAUUUCAUCAGUAUCGAUCAAUGGAUUCUAGCAUGUCCAUGGCUGAGAGUGAAGCCUACUUCUCUGCUGCUGAAGAAUUUGAGCCCAUCAGUAGUGAUGAAGGCCCUGGAACCUAUCCUGGAAGAAAAAAGAAGAAGAAGCAAACACAGCAGGUUGACUACAGUAGAGGUUCCAUCUACCACAGUGUCGAAGGGCCACUAACUGGCCAUGGAGAAAGUGUUCCAGAUCCCCGAACUCUGCCAUUCAAAGCCCAUCCAUCCCAGGCUUCCUUUGUUUCUGCCUUAGGUGGUGAAGACGAAGUUAUAGAGCAUCUAUAUGUUGUAGAAGGUGAAAAAACGGUAGAGAAUGAACAGAUCACUUCUCAACAACCUGUGAUGAAUUGUUAUCAGACUUACCUUACUCAGUUUCAGGUCAUUAAUUGGUCAGUUAAACACCCAGCCAACAAGAGAACCUCCAAGUCCUCAUUGCAUCGUCCCCUUGAUCUGGACACACCAACUAGUGAAGAAAGUUCAUCAUCAUUUGAACAGCUGUCCAUUCCAACAUUUAAGGUUAUCAAACAAGGGCUCACAGCUAACUCCUUGCUAGAUAGAGGCAUGCAGUUUUCAGGAUCAAGUUCAAACACACCAUAUACCCCACUGGAAAAAAAAAUCGUGGAUCAUACAGACGAUGAGACGUUGACAGAAGAGUGGACCCUGGAUCAGCCAGUCUCUCAAACCAAGACAACAGCCAUAGUGGAAGUAAAAGGAGCUGUUGGUGUUGUUCUGACUCCACUGGUAGCUGAGGCUUUGGACAGAUACAUCGAAGCAAUGGUUCAUUGUGCUAGUACCCGACACCCAGCUGCAAUUGUAGAUGAUCUUCAUGCUAAAGUCCUGAGGGAAGCUGUCCAAAAUAGCAAGACCACCUUCUCAGAAAAUGUAUCUUCCAAGCAAGAUGUUCGGGGAACAAAAACUGAGCACCCCACAAUUGGAACAACUAAUCAAGGACAAGCACAGACCAGUCUGACUGCGAAGCAAGAUAAUGUAACAAUAAAAGGUCUGCAGGCGAAUGUUAGCAUACCAAAGGUAAACCUGUGUUUGUUACAAGCCUCAGUAGAAGAAUCUCCAACUACAGCUCCUAGUAGAAGCGUGACUCAUGUUUCGUUGGUGGCGUUAUGCUUUGACAGAAUUGUUACGCAAGUUCGAAUGAACAGAGGUGUGGUUGAAGAGACUUCAAAUAAUGCAGAUCCUACCAAAGCAUCCAAUUUUGAUAGAUAUGUCCAUGCCACCAAGAUGCAGCCGCAGUCAUCUGGAUCCCUCAGAUCAAAUGCUGGAGCAGAGAAGGGCAAAGAAAUUGCUGCCAAGUUAAACAUUCACCGAGUGCACGGGCAGCUUAGGGGCUUGGAUACAACAGACAUCGGGACCUGUGCCAUCACUGCUAUUCCUUUUGAGAAGUCCAAAGUUUUGUUUACUCUUGAAGAACUGGAUGAAUUUACUUUUGUAGAUGAAACAGAUCAGCAGGCUGUCCCAGAUGUUACUCGAAUAGGGCCCAGCCAAGAAAAAUGGGGUUGGAUAAUGUUUGAAUGUGGACUUGAAAAUUUAACCAUAAAAGGAGGAAGACAGUCUGGUGCUGUUUUGUAUAACAGCUUUGGAAUUAUGGGUAAAACUAGUAUCACAGAAAGAGGUGGAGUGCUGACGUCCAAUAAUUCUUCUGAUUCUCCCACUGGCAGUGGCUAUAAUACAGAUGUCUCUGAUGACAAUCUUCCAUGUGACCGGACAAGCCCCUCCUCAGACUUAAAUGGAAAUUCUGUUUCAGAUGAACAAGAUGAAGGAGUUGAAUCUGAUGACUUGAAAAAAGAUCUCCCUCUAAUGCCUCCACCUCCGGAUUCAUGUAGCAUGAAGUUGACCAUUAAGGAAAUUUGGUUUAGUUUUGCAGCUCCCACCAAUGUGAGAUCUCCCACGCAUGCAUUUUCUCGGCAGCUGAACCUGUUAAGCACUGCGACUCCAGCUGUUGGAGCUUGGCUUGUUCCCAUCGACCAGCUCAAGUCAUCCUUAAACAAGUUAGAAACUGAGGGAACUUUGAGAAUAUGUGCUGUCAUGGGAUGCAUAAUGACAGAAGCAUUGGAGAACAAAAGUGUACAUUUCCCCCUCAGAAGUAAAUACAAUAGACUUACAAAAGUUGCCCGCUUUCUCCAAGAAAAUCCUUCCUGUUUGCUGUGUAAUAUACUGCACCACUACUUGCACCAGGCAAAUUACUCCAUCAUUGAGGAUGCUACAAUGAGUGAUGGGCUUCCUGCUCUGGUAACUUUAAAGAAAGGUCUGGUUGCCCUGGCCAGGCAGUGGAUGAAGUUCAUUGUGGUGACACCGGCCUUUAAAGGAGUCAGCUUGCAUAGACCAGCUCAGCCUCUGAAGCCCCCUGCCACUGUGGACCAUGAUCGUGAAGAUGGCCUUGGGCUAGACAAUGGUGGUGGUCUUCAGAGUGAUACCAGUGCCGAUGGGGCAGAGUUUGAGUUUGAUGCAGCCACUGUCAGUGAACACACAAUGCUCCUGGAAGGAACAGCCAACCGGCCACCACCUGGUAGCUCUGGGCCAGUCACUGGAGCUGAGAUCAUGAGGAAACUUUCUAAAACUCAUACCCACAGUGACUCCGCAUUAAAAAUAAAGGGCAUCCACCCCUAUCACUCCCUGAGCUACACCAGCGGAGACACUGCCACAGACUCUCCGGUCCAUGUUGGACGUUCUGGGAUGCCAGUAAAGGAGAGCCCAAGGAAGGAGAGCCUGCUCAGCUACCUGACUGGAAGCUUCCCAAGCCUGCACAACCUUCUGGAAGGAACUCCUCAGAGAAGUAGUGCAGCUGUAAAAAGUAGCUCCUUAACAAGGACAGGAAAUACAGUGGCCACUGAUAUGCUUUCUGAGCAUCCUUUGCUAUCUGAGCCAUCAUCUGUGAGUUUCUACAAUUGGAUGUCACAUGCUGUGGGUAAUCGAGGAAGUGUGGUACAAGAAUCUCCUGUUACAAAAUCGGGCCACAAUAGUCUUCCAACAGGUGUUGCACCCAACCUGCCUACAAUACCUUCAGCCUCUGAUUUCAAUACUGUCCUGUCGAGUGAUCAGAACACUUUGGAUGGGACGCACUCUCAGCACAGCACGAGUCAGGAUGAUGUGGCAGGAGUAGAAGAGGCGAACCAAGGCUUCCCUGCUGUUCAGCUUGCUGAUGCACAGGUUGUUUUUAAGCCCCUCCUGAGCCAUACGGGAAUCCAGUCGCAGGACUCCAUGCCACUCUGCUACCGGAUGUACUUUGGAGAGCACCUUUCAUUCUCAGGAACUUUGGAUUGUCUUCGAGCAGACAUUGUAGAUUCAGACACGGCUAAAGAGAGAAAAGGAAAAAGAGCAAGAAGGCAAGGCCAUGUGAACCUUCCUCCACUUGAAUUUAAGCCAGCAUUAAUGCUGGAGACCUUCAGUAUCAGCGCAGUGGUGAUGGAGAAGUCAGUGUGCACACCUCAGAACCCAACCAGUGCACUUUCCUUUCAUGACCUCAACAAGCGCUAUUACAACACCUUCCACUGCAACUUCACCAUCUCCUGUCAGUCAAUAAGCCAGCAUGUAGACAUGGCUUUGGUUCGUCUUAUUCAUCAGUUUAGUACAAUGAUAGAUGACAUCAAAGCCACUCAGACUGACAUUAAACUUAGUAGAUACACAGCUGGGUCAGCUUCUCCAACACCCACCUUCAAAACCAGAAAGCAUCGGGAUUUUCGCUCAUCUGACUUCAGCCGCAGCUCUAGAGGAAGUCUCAAUGGUACCAAUAGAGUCAAUAAUGCCAAGAACAAACGGACCAAUAAUGACAAUAACAAGAAGGAAUCCCGAAACAAAAACUCACUGGGAAGAUCUGAAAGACGAACUUCAAAAGUGUCUAGAAAAGGUUCUAAGGAUGUGGUGGAUCACAUGACCAUCCAUAUGGAUGACUCUGAUUCCAUUACAGUGUCUGAGCAAAGCGAGCCCUCUGCGGAGUGCUGGCAAAACAUGUAUAAAUUGCUCAACUUCUACUCACUCAUCUCAGACCCAACUGGCAUAUUGGAAAAAUCUUCUGAGACAUUUGGACCAGCAGGUGUCCGAAGCCCUACAGAGCCAACAUGUAAAGUUGUGUUUGAGAAUGAACAAGACAACAACAGUUUGACUAAGACACAGAGGAAACGCAGCCUGGUGACAGCUGAGCCCCAACAUGUUACUCUAAUUGUGUUUGGGAUUGGGAUGGUGAACCGCACCCACCUCGAGGCUGAUAUCGGGGGGCUCACGAUGGAGUCAGAACUGAAAAGGAUCCAUGGAAGUUUCACCCUUAAGGAAAAGAUGAAAGAUGUUUUACAUCAAAAGAUGACUGAGACAUGUGCCACUGCUCAUAUAGGUGGGGUGAAUAUUGUGCUGCUUGAAGGAAUUACACCAAAUAUACAACUGGAGGAUUUCCCCACAUCUCCUACAAGUACAGCCAAACAAGAGUUUCUAACUGUCGUGAAGUGCAGCAUUGCCAAGUCCCAAGCCCUCUACAGUGCCCAGAGAGGGCUGAAGACAAGCAAUGCCGCUGUGUUCAAAGUGGGGGCCAUCAGCAUCAACAUUCCUCAGCAUCCCGCCACCUUGCACAGCAUGAUGGUUCGAAGUUCUCACCAGCUGUCCAAACAAAUCUCGGACCUCAUUCGGCAGCCUUCGACAGCUCCACAGCCUAUGAAAGAAGAUAUUGCCACCCCACUGCCGUCUGAGAAAACCCCAACAAGUGUUAAUCAAACUCCCAUUGAAACCAAUGAAUUUCCUCAGUUACCUGAAGGCUUAGAGAAGAAGCCUAUUGUUCUUAAGUUCAGUGCCAUGCUGGAUGGAAUCGCCAUUGGGGCAGCACUUCUGCCAUCCCUGAAAGCAGAAUACAAGAUGGGAAGAAUGAGAAGCCAUGGAAUGACAGGUGCACAGACAAGGUUUACAUUUGAAUUGCCAAAUCACAGGCUGCGUUUUACUUCAAAAGUUUCUGCCACAGAUAUGUCAACCAUUCCUCCUUCAGCCAGUCUUAACCUUCCUCCUGUUACUAUGUCAGGGAAAUACAUAAUGGAGGAACAUGAUAGUUACUCAGACCAAGUAUGGAGUAUAGAUGAGCUGCCUUCAAAACAAGGGUACUAUUUACAGGGAAAUUAUCUGCGUUGUGUGGCAGAAGUUGGUUCCUUUGAGCACAAUCUUACCACAGAUCUUUUAAACCACUUGGUGUUUGUACAGAAAGUGUUCAUGAAGGAAGUUAAUGAAGUAAUACAAAAAGUUUCUGGGGGAGAGCAGCCCAUUCCACUCUGGAACGAGCACGACGGAACAACAGAUGGCGAUAAGCCCAAGAUUCUCCUCUACUCCCUGAACUUACAGUUUAAGGGUAUUCAGGUCACAGCCACAACCCCUUCCAUGAGAGCUGUGAGAUUUGAAACUGGAUUGAUUGAACUGGAACUUUCUAACCGUCUUCAAACCAAAGCCUCACCAGGAAGUAGCAGCUACUUGAAACUGUUUGGAAAAUGCCAAGUGGACUUAAACCUGGCCUUAGGACAAAUUGUCAAACAUCAGGUGUAUGAGGAAGCUGGUUCUGAUUUCCAUCAAGUUGCCUAUUUUAAAACUAGAAUUGGCUUAAGGAAUGCCCUUCGAGAAGAAAUCAGUGGCUCUUCAGAUAGGGAAGCUGUGCUUAUUACUUUGAAUAGACCAAUUGUUUAUGCACAGCCCGUGGCCUUUGACAGAGCUGUGCUAUUCUGGCUGAAUUAUAAGGCUGCGUAUGACAAUUGGAAUGAACAGCGAAUGGCUUUGCAUAAGGACAUUCAUAUGGCUACGAAGGAGGUGGUAGAUAUGCUACCUGGUCUCCAGCAAACAUCAGCACAGGCUUUUGGGACUCUCUUCCUCCAGCUGACUGUGAACGACUUGGGAAUUUGUCUACCCAUCACCAAUGCUGCACAGUCCAAUCACACUGGAGACCUGGACACUGGCUCCGCCCUGGUGCUGACCAUUGAGAGCACUCUCAUCACUGCUUGUUCCUCCGAGUCUCUAGUCAGCAAAGGGCAUUUCAAAAACUUCUGCAUCCGUUUCGCAGAUGGUUUUGAGACAUCGUGGGAUGAUUGGAAACCAGAGAUUCGUGGGGAUUUGGUAAUGAAUGCUUGUGUGGUCCCAGAUGGCACCUAUGAAGUGUGUUCAAGGACUACUGGACAAGCAGCAGCUGAAAGCAGUAGUGCAGGGACCUGGACACUGAAUGUGCUGUGGAAAAUGUGUGGGAUUGACGUCCACAUGGACCCCAACAUCGGGAAACGACUUAAUGCUCUGGGCAACACCCUUACCACUCUGACGGGAGAGGAGGACAUGGAUGACAUUGCCGACCUCAACUCAGUGAACAUAGCUGACCUGUCAGACGAGGAUGAGGUUGAUACAAUGUCUCCCACCAUCCACACGAGUUCAGAUGGAAGUUCAGUAAGUGGAGAUGGCCACAAACUCACCUUUGGGCAGCGACUUGUAAAUCACCUCCUAGGCCUGACACCCCCAAAUCAGCGCUAUUCUGUUCCUGCAGAGUAUCUGUGUGACACAGAGAAGUGGGGUUCCCCUCAGUCUAGCCAGUCCCAUUUGCAAGCAUGCAGAGCACACUCAUGGGGAAACGAAGCUGUAGAUUAUCGAAGACAAGGACCAUCUUCCAUCCAGCCAGGAGAACUUCGAGGAAGAAAAAUUAUGAAGCGUUUAGUGGAUAUCAGAGAACUGAAUGAACAAGCCAAAGUGAUAGAUGAUCUUAAGAAAUUAGGUGCAAGCGAAGGAACCAUCAACCAGGAAAUUCAGCGUUACCAACAGUUAGAGUCUGUAGCUGUCAAUGACAUUCGAAGGGAUGUUCGUAAAAAACUGCGGAGGUCCAGUAUGAGAGCUGCUUCCCUAAAGGAUAAAUGGGGUUUGGGUUACAAACCAAGUUAUAACCGAUCAAAAAGCAUUUCUGCUUCUGGAAGACCACCUCUCAAGCGAAUGGAGAGAGCAAGUUCUCGAGUAGGAGAAGCAGAUGAGCUCCCAGAAAUCCGCGUGGACGCAGCAUCGCCUGGACCCAGAGUAACUUUCAACAUCCAGGACACAUUGAAACAUACGGUAUGCGGAAGCACACCACAGUCCAGCACCCCCAGGGAAGGGUAUUUUCAGUUUCCAGAGGAGACAGAACUGGACCUUUUAUCUGUCACUCUCGAAGGUCCAUCUCAUUACUCAUCCAACAGUGAAGGGUCAUGUUCUGUGUUCAGUUCUCCCAAAACUCCGGGCAGCUUUUCCCCAAGCAUUCAUUUCCAACCUGAGGAGGGUCGACGGGAUGACAGUCUGUCUUCUACCAGUGAGGACUCUGACAAGGAUGAAAAGGAUGAAGACCGUGAAAGGGAAAAGUUUUAUAUUUACAGGAAGCCCUCACAUACCUCUCGUAAGAAAGCAACAGGCUUUGCUGCUGUGCAUCAACUAUUCACAGAACGCUGGCCAACAACACCAGUCAACCGAAGUCUCAGUGGCACUGCUACUGAGAGGAAUAUAGACUUUGAACUUGAUAUACGGGUUGAAAUUGAUAGUGGGAAAUGCGUACUCCACCCAACCACCCUUCUACAAGAACAUGAUGAUAUAAGUUUGAGAAGGAGUUAUGAUAGAAGUUCCAGAAGCUUAGAUCAAGAUUCUCCUUCCAAAAAGAAGAAAUUUCAAACGAAUUAUGCUUCUACCACCCAUUUAAUGACUGGCAAGAAAGUGCCAUCAUCACUGCAGACAAAGCCUAGUGACUCGGAAACAACAGUCUUCUACAUUCCUGGAGUCGAUGUAAAGUUGCAUUACAAUUCCAAGACACUAAAGACUGAAUCACCUAAUGCCUCCCGAGGAUCGUCCUUGCCAAGAACACUCUCCAAAGAGUCCAAGCUGUAUGCCAAAGGAAAAGGAAGUGGAGGAGUGAAAACAGCCAAGCUGUAUGCCUGGGUGGCACUUCAAUCACUGCCAGAAGAAAUGGUUAUCAGUCCUUGCCUAUUAGACUUUCUGGAAAAGGCUCUGGAAACUAUCCCAAUUACACCCAUUGAGAGGAAUUACACAGGUGUCAGCUCCCAGGAUGAAGAUAUGGGGCAUUUUGAAAUACCAGAUCCCCUGGAAGAGUCAACAACAUCAUUAGUGUCGUCUUCUACGUCUGCUUAUUCUUCUUUCCCUGUAGAUGUUGUGGUUUAUGUACGAGUUCAGCCAUCACAGAUCAAAUUUAGCUGUUUACCAGUGUCAAGAGUGGAAUGCAUGCUAAAACUGCCAUCCUUGGAUUUGGUGUUCUCUUCAAACCGAGGAGAGCUGGAGACGCUGGGGACUACAUGUCCCGCAGAGACUAUGUCUCCCGGAGGCAGUGCUGCCCAGAGCGGAGCAAAGAGUGCAACAAGCAAAGCCGGAAUGCCAGUAGGUUCAUCAGGACUAGGAAGCCCCUUGGGCAGAAGUCGGCACAGUAGCAGUCAGUCGGAUCUGACCAGCUCCAGCAGCAGCUCCUCUGGCUUGAGCUUCACUGCAUGCAUGUCCGACUUCUCCCUGUAUGUAUUUCAUCCGUAUGGAGCAGGGAAACAAAAAACUGCUGUUUCUGCCCUCACGCCUGGAUCUGGAGGAUUAGGGAAUGUGGAUGAGGAACCUACUUCAGUCACUGGUCGAAAAGACUCACUCAGCAUAAACCUUGAAUUUGUAAAAGUGAGUCUUUCUCGAAUUAGACGUUCAGGAGGUGCCUCAUUUUUUGAAAGUCAAUCUGCAAGCAAGUCUACAAGCAAAAUGGAUACUACAUUAAUAAAUAUAUCUGCUGUUUGUGAUAUAGGAUCUGCCUCCUUUAAGUAUGAUAUGCGCCGACUGAGUGAAAUUCUGGCAUUUCCAAGAGCUUGGUACAGGAGAAGUAUCGCAAGACGUCUGUUCCUUGGAGACCAAACUAUAAAUUUGCCAACAUCUGGUCCAGGGACACCUGACUCCAUUGAAGGGGUUAGCCAGCACCUUUCCCCUGAGUCAUCAAGGAAAGCUUACUGCAGGACCUGGGAGCAGCCAAGUCAGUCAGCCUCCUUCACUCACAUGCCUCAGUCACCUAAUGUAUUUAAUGAGCACGUGACAAACAGCACCAUGUCCCCAGGGACAGCAGCCCAGAGCCUGAAGUCCCCAGCUUCUGUAAGAUCAAGGAGUGUGUCUGAUUCUUCCGUUCCUCGAAGAGAUUCAAUUUCAAAAACUUCAACUCCUGUUAACAAGUCAAACAAAGCAGCAAGUCAACAAGGAGCCCCCUGGGAAACACUGGUCGUGUUUGCUAUCAACUUGAAGCAACUAAAUGUUCAAAUGAAUAUGAGUAAUGUAAUGGGAAAUACAACUUGGACAACUAGUGGUUUGAAAAGCCAGGGCCGGCUGUCAGUAGGAAGUAACCGCGAUCGAGAGAUCAGCAUGUCUGUUGGUCUGGGAAGAUCACAGCUAGAUUCCAAAGGAGGAGUAGUUGGAGGGACCAUAGAUGUCAAUGCUUUGGAGAUGGUUGCUCAUAUUUCUGAACAUCCAAAUCAGCAACCCAGCCACAAAAUUCAGAUUACUAUGGGUUCUACUGAAGCUCGUGUUGAUUACAUGGGAUCAAGCAUCCUCAUGGGCAUCUUCAGUAACGCUGACCUGAAGCUUCAGGAUGAGUGGAAAGUAAACUUGUAUAAUACAUUGGAAUCAAGCAUGACUGAUAAAAGUGAGAUUUUUGUCCAUGGAGAUCUCAAAUGGGAUAUUUUCCAAGUAAUGAUAUCAAGAUCAACAACACCUGACCUAAUCAAAAUAGGAAUGAAGCUCCAGGAGUUCUUCACACAACAGUUUGACACAAGCAAACGAGCUCUGUCUACCUGGGGACCAGUUCCUUACCUUCCACCAAAGACAGUGACAAACAACCUAGAGAAAAGUUCACAAGAGCAACUGCUUGAUGCAGCUCAUCACCGACACUGGCCUGGAGUGUUGAAAGUGGUGUCUGGAUGCCACAUAUCCUUAUUUCAGAUCCCACUACCGGAAGACGGAAUGCAAUUUGGAGGAUCAAUGAGCUUACAUGGAAAUCAUAUGACACUGGCUUGUUUUCAUGGCCCAAAUUUCCGUUCCAAAUCCUGGGCCCUUUUUCACUUAGAAGAACCAAAUAUUGCCUUUUGGACUGAAGCGCAGAAAAUCUGGGAAGAUGGUUCUAAUGAUCAUUCUACAUAUAUUGUCCAAACACUGGAUUUUCAUCUGGGUCAUAAUACCAUGGUUACCAAACCAUGUGGCGCUCUGGAAAGCCCCAUGGCAACGAUAACCAAGAUAACAAGGCGUCGCCAUGAAAAUCCACCCCAUGGAGUAGCAAGUGUGAAAGAAUGGUUCAAUUAUGUUACUGCCACCAGGAAUGAAGAGCUCAAUUUACUUCGUAAUGUUGAUGCCAACAACACGGAGAACAGCACUACUGUGAAGAAUUCUAGUCUACUGAGCGGAUUCAGAGGAGGAUCUAGCUACAACCAUGAAACAGAGACUAUCUUUGCUUUACCAAGGAUGCAGCUGGAUUUUAAGUCCAUUCACGUUCAAGAACCACAAGAACCUUCAUUACAGGAUGCCAACCUGAAGCCAAAGGUAGAAUGUAGUGUGGUAACAGAGUUCACUGACCAUAUCUGUGUGACCAUGGAUGCUGAACUCAUCAUGUUCCUCCAUGAUUUAGUGUCGGCUUAUCUUAAAGAAAAAGAAAAAGCCAUUUUUCCACCUCGGAUCCUAUCUACUCGACCAGGACAGAAAAGUCCAAUUAUUCUACAUGAUGAUAACUCCUCUGAUAGAGACAGAGAAGACAGCAUCACCUAUACCACUGUGGACUGGAGAGAUUUUAUGUGCAACACAUGGCAUCUAGAACCUACUCUUCGGUUGAUUUCUUGGACUGGAAGAAAGAUUGAUCCAGUAGGUGUGGAUUACAUUCUUCAAAAGCUGGGCUUUCAUCAUGCCAGGACUACGAUUCCUAAAUGGCUCCAGAGAGGCGUCAUGGACCCGCUAGACAAGGUUUUGUCUGUCCUCAUCAAAAAGCUGGGUGCUGCACUACAGGAUGAAAAGGAAAAGAAAGGAAAGGACAAGGAAGAACACUAAAAAGUAACUUGAUCUGUGAGCAAAUUCUGUCCGUUAAGUCAUAUUACAAGGGAGAAGUAUUUUUAAGUAAAAAUUUAAAUAACUUUAAAAUAAUUCUAAUAUUGUGGCCACUGUAUUAAGAGUUAACCUGUUUAUUUUAGUUCUACCAUCCUGGUGAGCAGUGAAGUAUUGCAUGAUAAUGCAAAUGUUGUGAAAACUAGAUUAAAAUAUGUAAAUGUGCUCAUGAAGGUUUAUAAUUGUAUUAUGUGCAAUAUGAAUCCUGCAUCUUUAAAAUUUUUGCAGAGUAACUGUGAAUUUUUUGUUAUUGGCCAUGACUUUUAGAAAAGAAAGUGUGUUAGUUGCUUUUUGUUAAUGUAGACUUGUAUAAAUACCUAUUUGUAUAUAGUUUGAGCAAUUGUGAUAUGGUUGUAUACCACUAAAUAUUGUUUGUAACUAUUGUAAUAAAGUCACAGUAAUGGUUUCAGUU